AGUCUCUGUUCUUCCUCCACAACAUUAUUGCAAUCCUAAGCUAAAUCCCAAAAUUCCCAAAUCCCGUCGACAUCUCCACCAUCUCACCCAUGUCUCCUUUACACCUUGCGUUUUCACUACCCUGUUUAGAAUUGACUAUACGAAUAUUCUAUAUAGUAUUACCCUUUUAAAAUAAAUAUCCCAUAAUUAUAAACCUCAGUUCUUGCAUCUGCUUUUCACUACAAAACCAUUUCCCUCUAACCUUCUUCUACUUUAUGAAAGAAUCAAUGAAUCAAUCAAACCAAGAAACCGACCAUAUGAUGGACGGUACGAGAAACAUCAUAUUCGGAAAAUACGAGAUGGGUAGGCUUUUAGGUCAAGGAACAUUUGCCAAGGUUUAUUAUGGCAGAAAUAUCGAAACCUCAGAGAGUGUAGCUAUUAAAGUAAUCAACAAAGACCAUGUUCAAAGAGAAGGUUUAAUGGAGCAAAUCAUUCGAGAAAUUUCAAUCAUGAGAUUAGUUCGACAUCCUAACAUAGUUGAACUGAAAGAAGUCAUGGCUACAAAGCAAAAAAUCUUUGUUGUUAUGGAGUAUGUUAAAGGUGGUGAGCUUUUCGCUAAGAUUGCUACAGGAAAACUUAAGGAAGAUGUAGCAAGAAAAUACUUUCAGCAAUUAAUAAGUGCUGUUGAUUUUUGCCAUAGCCGUGGUGUAUUUCAUCGUGAUUUGAAGCCUGAAAAUUUACUUCUUGACGAAAAUGAGAAUUUAAAGGUUUCAGAUUUUGGGCUUUCAGCUUUGUCUGAGCAAUUAAGGAAUGAUGGUUUGUUACAUACACAGUGUGGAACUCCAGCUUAUGUUGCACCUGAAGUUCUUAGGAAAAAAGGAUAUGAUGGAGCUAAAUCAGAUAUUUGGUCUUGUGGGGUAAUUUUAUAUGUUCUUUUGGCUGGUUUUUUACCAUUUCAACAUGAAAAUAUGAUGAAAAUGUAUAGGAAAGUUUUUAAAGCUGAGUAUGAGUUUCCACCUUGGUUUUCUCCUGAAGCUAAGAAGCUAAUUUCAAAGCUUUUAGUAGCUGAUCCAGAAAAAAGAAUUUCAAUUUCUGCUAUAAUGAAAGUUCCUUGGAUAUUAAAAGAUUUUAGCAGAUCAAAUUCUUUUUCAAGUGGAGAAAAUGGUGAUCAGAAAAAAGGGAGCACAGAGCAGUUAGACUUGGGAAAUAGAUCAAAGUCAGGUCCACCUUUUUAUAAUGCAUUUGAAUUCAUAUCAGCAAUGUCUUCAGGGUUUGAUUUGUCAAGUCUUUUUGAAAGUAAGAGGAAAUCUGGUUCAAUGUUCACAUCUAAAUCCUCAGCUUCAACAAUCAUGUCAAAGUUAGAAUCUUUAGCCAAGAAGAUGAAUUUUGAGAUUGAAUCUAAGGAAUUCAAGGUGAAAAUGCAAGGAACAUCCGAGGGGCGAAAAGGUAAAUUAUCAGUAAUCGCGGAAGUGUUUGAAGUUGCACCAGAAGUGGCUGUUGUUGAAUUCACUAAAUCUGCUGGAGACACAUUUGAGUAUAGGAAAUUGUGUGAGGAAGAUAUACGGCCUUCUCUCAAAGACAUUGUUUGGACAUGGCAAGGUGAGAAUGAUGGCAGAGACUAAACUGCAAUGCUACUUUACUCCAUUGUAAAUUAUAGGUUCUUGUUGGAGUUAUAUGUACCAAACACAACCAUAACAUUUUACUUUAUUCAAGUUGUGUAUCUAACUUGAGUAUGUGAAAACUACUCCAUAUUCCAGAGACGAAUCCAGAUUUUAAAUUUAGUGGACUCAAUGCAAGUAAUAUCUUAUUAUAUUAUGUAUA